CGCUCUGUUGACCGAUUUGAGUCUCACAUUCUGAAGAAUGGCAAACAAAAUCGGUCAAAAUUCAGUCUUUUAGCGUUAUUGUUUACCUUUUAACUAACACGAGAGACACGCAAAGCAUUCAACUUCACUUUGAAAAUGUCUGGUAUAGCUCUAGGACGGUUAUCUGAGGAAAGAAAAGCCUGGCGAAAAGACCAUCCAUUCGGCUUUGUGGCUAAGCCGUAUAAAAACUCCGACGGGACAUUGAACCUAAUGCAGUGGGACUGCGCUAUUCCCGGGAAAAAAGGGACACCUUGGGAAGGAGGGCUGUAUAAACUGAAAAUGAUAUUCAAAGAUGACUAUCCUUCUACUCCACCAAAAUGUAAAUUUGACCCUCCUAUAUUUCACCCGAAUGUCUAUCCAUCUGGUACAGUAUGUCUGUCUUUAUUAGAUGAAGACAAAGACUGGAGACCUGCUGUUACUAUAAAACAAAUACUUUUAGGCAUACAAGACUUACUAAAUGAUCCAAAUGUGAAGGAUCCAGCCCAAGCAGAAGCGUAUACAUCCUAUUGUCAAAACCGAGCUGAUUAUGAAAAGCGGAUACGUUCCCAAGCAGCCCAUUUUGUACCUAAAGCAUAACAAGUCUACAGCAAUCCUAAAGACGAUUAACAUUUAGUCCACUCUGCAUCUAAGUGCACUUGAUAAUCAUUUACUCCUACUUGUACAUAGAGUUAUUUACAUAUUGAAGCCUUGUUAGUAAUGAUGUAUUUGUAGUUUUUGAUUACAUUGGUUGCUGCAUUCCUUUUAGUAAGAUUUCAUAGAAAUGGGAUACUCCAAAUACUUUAUGUUACUUUACUCUACUUUACUCUACUUUACUUUACUGUUAGAACUAGCUGGAUAUCAAGUCAACUAUUUGUUCUUUAGAAAAAUAAGCACAAACGGAUGAUUUUUCCAGCCUCUUGAGUCACUCCAAAUACUUUACUGAGCUGUUACAUCCAGCUGGAUAAAAAGCCAACCUAUUUUUUUAGAAAAAUAAGCACAAAGGCAUGAUUUUUCUAGCCUCUUGAGUCACUUUUCUAAGGUUAGUAUUUUUGUGGAGGAGGCCGUGGAUAGGUACACUGUGCCAAUAUUUAGUUUUAAUAAAUUAUGAUCUUCUUUGAAAAAUUUAUCAAUGAGUUUGCAUAAUAAUCUUGACAACAUGUUGUAUGGUCUUCGUUCUCAAUGCCCUCAGUUAUCAAUAGAUAUAUGAAAUGGUUCACAAAAUUUCAAAAACUAUGUAAUAUUGGACUGAUUAUUGCUCCAUUGUGGCAGUGAUGUUUGACUUGGAGCUGGGGUAAAGAUCCUCCUAGUUCUGAGUCUUCAUGGUUACUAAAAGAAAAAAAAUGUUAAAACUUCCGGUAAGGAAGCAAAUUUGCAAAGCAUUCUGGUAGAUGUAGUAUUCAAACGAUGCUGUCAUGAGGACAGUUUUAGUGAAAAAUAAGAAAAUUAAGACUAACUUCAAAGUAAGCACAAUUGUACCUUUAAUUGUGUUGUUCAAAAUUGUACAACUCUGUACUAACCAUGUCUUACACAAUGUACUGUACUUAUUGUAUCAAUGUGAAGUGCUGACGGUGGGCAAAGUUGUUUGGUGUACUCAUGGAAAUUUGAAAAAACAGGGUUUUCAUGAGGGGUCUGGGAUCAAAGAAUGCUCUGGUAUCUGAGCAAACUUCUUCAACUUGAACUUCCUUUAUAGCUUAGGAAUUUGUAAAAUGUUCUCUUGGUCCUCAAGAAUCUCCAGGAGUUCUCCUUAUUACUGAGUAAUAAUCAAAGUAAAACAAAAGAAAAAAUGGAA